AGGUUCUGUUCAGAAUAACUAGCCAGCAAGCGGCUGCUUUGAGCGAGAUUGUUGGGUGAGAACACUACGGUAUGGCCUGAACACUGCCGACUUCUCCUGACACUUGGGGGAAAAUGGUGCCACCAAGUCUUCAAAGGGAACUGGUCUCAUAUACGGAGAUCGGUGUGAGUGCGAUUUACAACUAUAUCGAAGGUUGUGGAUGGGACGCAUAAAACCCAUUGAAUUUUGGAUCGUGAAUGCCAGAAACCAAAAUUCAAAAUGAAAUCCCAAAGCCUGUCCCAAAUUGGCCCUGAAUUGCUUUCUAUGCGGCUUCGCACGGCCCCGCUUACGCGAUUGGAAAACAUCAGACGAGGCGAAUUCACCAUCAUUAUAUCUUUUGUUCUAGGCGUGUUGCUGCUGAUUGUGGUGAUGCUCUCCACAAGCCCAGGAUGGACGGUGGCGACCUACGAGUACGCGCUCAACUACUGUCGAUUCGAAACAUUGAAGGGGGUCAACAACUUCCGCCUGGCAACGCCCGUGACCAGUUGUAACAUCGCGUGCUGGGUCGACUCUAACGUCUCCGCUCUGUUCACGGCGUAUGAGGGAACCUUCGGAGAGUGUCAGUUGAGGUCUACGCUGUAUGAGGGCAACUACGGCUUCAGCGAAGAUCAACUGAGCUGUCCAUACGAUGGCGUUGCUCUAGCGCAGCGCGGAGUGGAGGUGGUAGGCCCCAAUGCGGAGAUUACGCUGUCGUGGUUUCAAGAGUUCUCACCCACUCGAGGCAGCUUUGAUCUGUCCCUGGCCUUCGUGCGGGAGAUGUACGAGACCCGCACGGCUGCGGAUGGCACAGCCACUGAGACGGUGCAGGUGUGGGAUGGACUCCCGUUCCUGCUGAGUCUGAGGUAUUCUAUCAUCGUUCAGGGUGUCCGAGCGGGAGAAACAGAGGAUCAGUUGAAGACCAUCUAUCACCGAGAGGUCACUGGCGUGCAAUGUGGGGGGUGGGGGUGGAGUGCAAGACCCUACUCAUGCCGUCGUAUGUACUGGACUACAACAAAUGCGCCAACCUGAACGGGUAUCGCGAGUUAAACCUGCAGGUCCUCUACCGUGCUCAGUUCUCACCCCUGCAGCCCUCGCUCAACAGCACUUCUAUCGGCAACGGCAACAACACCCAACUAAUCCUCGGCCAGACACCGUACGCCUAUACCACAGCGUUGAACCAAGCCAAGAUGUUGUACACAACCAGCUCGUCUGCGUUUGUGGUGUGGGUGGUGGCUGUUCACGCUGUGUUGGGUGUGCUGAUGGUACUGUACACGGUCGCCUUUGCGAAGCUUUCGUAUGCGUUUGAGCAGGCCGCCUUUAGUGAGUGGCUGGUGGAGCGGAAGUGGGCGCUGGUGCAGUGUGUGUGUGCGUGCUUUGUCAUUACUGAUCCUGUGUACUACUUGGCACUGACAAGUCUUGUUGGCGACCGCAACCCCCAAGCGUUGACUAUCGUCAUGGCAGUCGACGGGGCUAUCGUGAACUUCAGCGUGGGAGUGAUCUUCUUCCUGAACCUAUGCUUUCUCGAUAGCUUCGGGACGGACGAGCACAGCUCAGUCCGAGACAUUCGGUUCUACGGAAGUAAACUGGCGUUUUUUGGAGUGUGGGUGACUGUGGUUGUGUUGUUAUGCGUGGGAAACGUUUUGAAAGACGUUCAGACUUUCACAACGAGCCUCGUGGAUGCCCUCAGACCGUGGGGAACGGGUAUUACGUACGCUAUAUUGUCGUAUUACUUCCUCACAUUGAUUUACGUGUGGUACAGAACUUCGGCUGCCUUGAAAGGGGAAUGGAAUUAUCGCGCGAGAUACCGGCAGUUGGGCUUCAGGAUGAUGGUCUCCGUGCAAUCCACUCUGUUUCUCCUGAUCAUGUUUGAAACCCUGUGUGUGCGAAUGGUCUUCACCAACCGAUACGACGUGUUCAAGUACUCGCCCUACACCGGCCUGUCUUUGCUGUUCUUCAAGAGCAUAGGGGUCAAUGUAUAUAUCAUCGCUGUCGUGUUCAGCUUGAGCUAUUGCUACCUUCCUCCGCACAACGAUGCCUCUCGGGGUGACGAGCGGACGUGCGUGGACAUACUUGUGCGUUCAUCGUAUGUGCGUGGCCCGUUCUCUCUGUACACAGCCAACGCCAUGUGCAGCGGAAGUCGGCUGGCGUAUAGGUACGUGAAGAAUUGCAACCCCGAAACGGCUGUGGCCGCGGUCGAGUGCACCGAAAUAAGUAGGGUGAGCAGCCAUGCGCCUGGCAAUAGUAGUACACGUGCUAGUCAGAAGCUAAUGGACCGUGCAGGCGAGCCUGACAGUGGGGGCUGUGUCGGCGAGAGUGUGGGUGUGGGUGUGAGGUCAGGUAACGGGGGUGUUGGGAACAUCCAGGCAUUUAAAGACCUGUGUGACGGUACGAGUGGGAUGGGAGGAAUGGAAGGGCAAAGGGGUGGCAGAAGCCAUGACCGAAGUCACGGUGUACAAGCAAGCGAAAGCGCGCGUGCUGCUACAGGGAGUGAGGGACCUAGGGAGGGUGAUGAUUAUCCCACACAUAUUGAGAUAGACUCCACUCUCAGCAGCACAAACAGUGUACCUACCGAUAGGAAUACGCCGCACACCUAUGGAGACUCGGAUAAGCGUACAUCACCCACCUCUGGCGAUGCUUCUCUUACCGACAAGGCUACGACAGCUGCGUCCGCGGAUCUCGCGAAGGACGCUACGAUACCAACAGCCCCCAAUUGUGUGGCAGCUGCAGAGGAAGUCACGGCACUGUCGCUGUGGGACGAUGGUGGGCGGGCCAUACCCUAUAUUCUGCAAACCGACGAUUGCCGAAGCUCGGACACGGACUUUGACUUAAUUGAAUACAUCACAGAUGAGCGUACAGACACCCAUUGCAUCAUAUACCGACAGGAUGGGCGGCUAAUCAUCACCUUCAGAGGUACUGUCAGUGCAGGAAACGCGGCCACAGACUUGCGGGCGAACCUCAUACCUAUCUGCUCCGCCGUAGAGAACAAAGAUCUGGGUAAGGCCAGGUUCAAGCACUCGUGUUCGGUGGAUGAUAGUGAGUGUCGGAAAGAGAACGUACGUGUACACCGUGGCUUCCAGACCGCGUUUGUGUCUGUACGCACACGUGUAAUCGCCCAAGUGCGUGCGCAGAUUGCGUUGCACAAGGCUCGACUUGGCUCAGACGAGGAAUUGAUCUCAGCUGCAGAUAUACCGUUACAUAGACAUAGACCCCGGAAUUCUCCGCCUACCAAUCCGAAACCGCCCCAACAAUCAUCCACACACUCCAACUCACCCCCGCCAUAUGGCCAACCACAUCCAUUCAAGUCAGGCCCAGAUACGCCUCCUUUGCGAUCCCCGGACCACAUACACUCACAACCUCACUCGAGCACACAUAGGGAAUACACCGCACCAGUACCUACACACAAAUUGAUAUCAUCUGACUGCGAGAACGAUGGUAUGCUUGCCCACGUGGCAGUGACUCCGGAGGAGACUGUGGCACCCGAUGCAUUACAUAUAUUCGUCACUGGCCACUCCUUAGGCGCAGCCUUGUGCACACUCUGUGCCUGGGAGUUGUCACACGCCUUCGACCCCUCUGAGUUGGACAUGACCGUCUACACCUUUGGCUCGCCUCGAGUGGGUAACGCCAACUUUGUGUACCACUACAACAAGCGACUGCCCCACACACACCGCAUAGUCACCGAUGGCGACCCGGUCACAUCGCUGCCCAAGUUCCGUGCGCCGAGCUUCCUCAAUGUCACGUACAAACACGUCGGCAAGUGCUAUGUGCUGGCGGAGAUGGGAGACCUGAUAGUGGACCCGAACUUUCCCGAACGGUUCUUCCAACUCAAGGCCAAACGUAAGCCAGUGACUCACCGCAUGCCGAGCUAUCGUUUGGCGUUGGUGGAGUGCAUCACACGUAUGCACCAGCGCGCCAAUGGGGGCGGCGUAUCGUAUGAUAUGGGACACGCCCUGACAGUUAUAACGGGUGUGUUUAAGGCACACAUAGCUCUGUUCAUGGAUGAUAGUAAUAGGUCAGGCAGCCCACACGUGCGUUUAGGACAAGAGGUAGAGGAUGACGCGCUGAUGAUUGCGGCCUUUGGUCAUAUAGACAGCAAGGUGGAAACAGACUCAGACUCCGUAGCAACGUUAGUGGAGAUGGGUGCGCCUGAGAAAGGCGAUGGGGCCAGUAGACUGUCACUCAGCGAGGCGUAGCACAGUGCACGUGGGCGGCAUGAUUAUGAACAGACCAGCGAAUGGCAGAGUCAAAUUGUAGAUGUAGUAUAAAUAAGACCAUAUGUAAUAUAAAUAAGAACAUAGUGCACGUAGGCGGCAUGAUUAUUGAACUGACCAGCGAAUGGCAGAGUCAAAGUGUGGAUGUA